AUGCCGAUCGAUGCUGUCCGUGCCGCUUCAGCUUUCUCUCCCGUCUUGAGAUUUGCAUUGGGGUCUGUCUCCUCUGGCGAUCACGACUCACUCCCCUGUAUCUCGUCCAACACGGCCCUGUUCCCGCUUAGGAAACCAAACGGAAGGAGACCAGAAAAGAAAAAUCUGACGGAAGCCGCAAUCCCCGUUGGGACGGACGGUCGUGCCACAACAUCUCGUCCCCGUCGUGCUACGUACGUACCACCACCAUCUUGUUGGAGGUGCGCGCGUUUCGUCCGUGUGUCUGCACCAAAAAACGUUGUGCAGCAGCUGCUGCAGGUGGAGCCCGCCGCCGACGUCAGCCACAGGAACCAUCGAUUCCCAUAUCCGCCGGCCCGCGAAGCUCUUCCUCCCACGUUCCUGACGCCUUCAAACGACCUGCGCCAGCAAAGAGAUUGA